UGGAAGAUUAGCUUUAGUAUUUGAAUUAAUGGAGUAAAACCUUUAUGAACAUAUUAAGGGUAUUAAUGUCGAAUGAAUAGAAUAGGUCGAAAAGUACCCUUAAAAUAAGAGAAAAUUAGAAGUUAUAUGUAUUAAUUGCUGAAAGCAAUAGAAUUCAUGCAUACAAACAAUAUAUUUCAUAGAGAUAUAAAACCGUAAAAAAUGUUUUGUAUAUAUAUAUAGAGAGAAUAUAUUACUUUUAAGCGAUCAUCUAAAAUUAGCUGAUUUAGGAUCUUGUAAGGGAAUAUAUUCUAAACAUCCUUAUACAGAAUAUAUAUCAACAAGAUGGUAUAGAUCCCCAGAAUGUUUAAUGACUGAUGGUUAUUAUGAUAGUAAAAUGGAUAUAUGGGGAGCAGGAUGUGUAUUAUUUGAAAUUACUGCAUUAUUUCCUUUGUUUCCUGGAAGUAAUGAAUUGGAUUAAGUUCAUCGGAUUCAUAACAUUUUAGGAACACCCAAUCCUAAAGUACUUGAUAGAUUUAGAAAACAUGCAUCACAUAUGGAAAUCAAUUUCCCUUCUAAAGUUGGAACUGGAUUAGAAAAUCUCAUUCCUCAUGCACCUAAAGAUUUAGUUGAUUUAAUUAAAUAAAUGCUUAUUUAUGAUCCAGAAGAAAGAAUCAAUGCUAAAUAGGCAUUAAGACAUCCCUACUUCAAAGAAUUAAGAGAUUAAGAAUAAUAAAAACUAUUAGAAACAAGUCUAUAAUCUAUUAAAUUACUAAAAAAACAGUAUUUAUUUUUAUUUUAUUUUUUAAAGCGAUGAUUCACUUAUUGAAGAAGAAUAAAAUACAUCUCAUAUCUUACAUAAAAAGACUUUAUUUAAUCAAACAAAUAAAAUUUUAUAAAAUUCAUUUAAAACUAGAAAUUAAUAACUUUUAGACUCAGUAAAAUUGCCAACUCUUACAAAAAAAUAGGCAGAUUUAAAAAAAGCUUAUGGGCCUAUUCAUUUUUAGAGUAUUAAUUAUAUUUUAUAUUGAUAGAUAAAGAAACAAAAAAAAAGUCCGUUUAAUAUGAAUAUGUUUUAUAUGGUAAAAAAGCAAAUCUUGGUAAUUUUUUAAAUACUAUCAGACAAAAAUGA